UUUUCCAUAAUGGACUCGGAAGCAAAAGACCCCUCAAAAGCUAUGGACUGUAAAAGUAUGGCAGAGCCUAUGGGCACAGGCAAUGGAGGAGCUGUGAAAAAACGAGUCCCUAAAAAGAUUCGGCAAAUUCCGGAUUAUUAUUUGCUUCCUCGAAGGUCCAUGACAUCUGCAUUUUUGUUCUAUGGAUCAUGGAUAGCUGCUGGGAUUGAAGCCGGCAUGCUUAUCGAGAUUUGGCUUAACAAAAAGGCCAAAGUAGAAUUUAGCACGUCUAGAAUGUGCCCCAGCAAUUCAAGCCUUGUAGAUAUCUGCAAUAUCACGUGA